GCCGCCCUCUCUCCCCGCCCUCCCGCUGCCGCCAGCGCCGUCCCCCGGCGAGGCGCGGGGAGCCGCGGCCAUGUGUGAGGAAGGAGCCGCCAAGCUGCGCCUGAAGCCCCGGACGGCGCCGUCCGCCCGCGGCCGGGAGCGCAGCCCCGGCCCCCAGCCCCCGCCGCGGCCCCAGGCAUCGACUGACAGAUGUUCCUGGUUUGAAAAAGAAGAAUUAAAUGAGUGUGAAAAAACCUGGCUUUUGCUGCUGAAAGACAUCAGUCAAGAUUCACAGUGCCCAAACUGGGACACAGUGCCCAGCUUUCCAGAGUUCUUGGAAAAGAAACAACAGGAAAAGAGUCCAGAACGCCAGGAGGUCUUUACAGUUGGAACAAAAGACUUUCAGUGGGUGUCAUUCCCAUCUUUUCACAAAGAAAAAUGUCUGAACCCCAAGGAUCUGAGCUCCCAGCAGCCAACACCGAGCCAGAGCAAUGAAUUUCAUAAAGGACAGGGCCAAGCAGAUAAACUGAAGAGUUUAUCAUCCACAGCUGAGAAAACCUGCAGGGGAACCAGUACAGAGCAAGCCAAAACUGCAUCUGGAGCAGACACAAAAGGUGUUGCAGAGCUGGAUGUGAGUCCCAAGCCUCGGGAACUCCCUGGGCACAGCAGCUCAGCACUGGCACAAAGCCCUGCAGAGGCUCUGGGCCCUCAGCAGCUCCACACAGGGACUGUACAGAGCAGCAGGGCAGACAGGAGAGAAAAGGGUGAGGAAAAGCCUCAAAUCCAAACACAUCAGGGGGAGCUUCCAGUGGGAGAGGCCACGGGGCUGCCUGCAGAGAAGCCUCGGCUGGGGAGCACUCCUGGGGCUGAGAGCCACGAGGAGAAGGUGGAAAACCAGAGUGAAGCACCUUCAGCUCUUGACAGUUGUCCCAUGUGUCUGAUGCAGUUUAGUGGAAGACUCUCCCAGCUGGACAUCGAUGGGCACCUGGCCAGGUGCUUGUCUGAAAGUGCAGAUGAUGUCAUGUGGUAAAUGCAGAGGAGUGGAGAGCACAGGAACCAGGCCAAGGAUGAAGCUUCCUCAGAGGAAAAGGAAAAAUGUGUCAAGGAAGCACAUCCUUGUCUGACUUAACCAGCAACUCAACAGAAGGAUAAGUGCCACCUGCCUGUUUGGUUUUGUUUUAUUUUAAAGCCUCUCAAAUCCAUGUAAAGUAAUUCCAGUUCUGAAAAUGGUGCUCUGGGAUGUCCCAGAGACCCCCAGGGAAAUCAGGCUUGGUACUCCUGAAGAAAUGCACUACUGGAAAUCCCUCAAGCUUUGUCUGGUGCAGAGUUCUGAAUCUCAGGACAGAAGAAAGCAGCUGAACAAAAGACAACUGUUACUUACCCUAUUAUUUUUUUUUUCCUAAACAGAUAAUCUAUGAAAAUAAACUCUGUUAAAAAGUACUUUUAUUUGGCUUUGUUGUUUUAAUACCAAAGUAAGUAUAAUUGUACAAUUGAUCCUGGGAGUGUAGCUAUUUAACAGAAAACACAGCCCAGACCAAGUAAAGGGUGUGGGGGUUUUAUGUUUCUGAAGGAGCCCAGCUAAAAUCAAAACCUUACAAUGCAGGUUUCUAAGUCAGUAUCAGUAUUAAGGAGGUGAUUAAUAUGACUGGGCUAAUUAGGCUGCAGAGCUGCAAAGUGAGAGUUAACCCAGCCAAAAUUUUGAGCUGAUUUUGGUUCCAGCUGCACACAGCCCCCAGCAAGGGCUCAGAGCAGGGAACAGCCAGAGCUGCUGGGGCUGGGAGGGCUCCGGAGCUCAGCUGCUCCUUGGGCACUUCUCAAGAGGCAGGGGAACACUUGCUAAGCCUGGCAGUGACAAUAAAUGACAUUUAGUGACAGCUCAGUAACUCCAAACCAAGGGAUGAGAUCACCAAGCUGCUCUGGUUUAUUUCCCUGUGCCCUGGACCCCAAAACCUGCAGCUGAGCUGGGAUCCAGAAUUAACACAGUACAGUACAGAAAUGCAGGGAGGCUCCUGGAGGUUUAAUUGACAGUGGGGUCUGUUGCAGAGGUUGGACACAGCCCGUUUCACUGAUAAAUAAUAACAGUCUAUUAACUUUUUCAUUAAAGUCUUUAAUAGAUGUGCAAGAAUAUAAAUGAUCUCAGCUGUUAUGGAUUAGUAUACCAUCUUCUGCACAAUUAAAACUGGUCAGCAAAGAUCCCAACUAAUUAAUUAUACAAAACUACAAGAACAUAUUUACUGUUUUACAAUCAUUAAAUUAGCUAGAAUUUUCAUUUACUAUUUCAAAUAAGACAACUAUAUAUCAUUACCAGGUCCAUUUGUAAUAUAUUAGGAUUUUUUUUUCCAAACCACACAUUUAAUUACAUCCUUCAUUUUCUUUUAUUUAUAAAACAAGUACUUUAUAUAAAAAUUUCCCCUUCAUCAUGAACAGAACAUUAUUCAAACACUUGCACAUGAGCAACCAAACUUGUACCCAGCAAACUAUUUGGCAACACAGCAACAUUGUAAAUGCCUGUAAAUUCUUAAAUAAAAAUCAAAUAGUCUUUACAAUGUUUGAUUAGCAAAA